AUGGAAAAAGAUGUGAAUGUUGCUGUGAAGCCUACACCUGAUAGACGAUGGGCACUUUCCAUUGGACAACAGACUAUUGUGGUAUUGCUUUUGGUGGAAAUGUUGGUGUCCCAGGUACUUUGCCAGUUUCUCCUUCACCUUGGACUUAUCUGCCUAUGCCAAGGUCACAGUCCAGUCUUUGCCCAGCAACAAAGAUGGGAGAGAGUCACCAAUGAAGCCAUGUACAACUACUCGCCACUCCUGCCAGAUGGCACAGAAAUAACCAUCUUCCUCUUCAGAGACCUGCCACAGAGCCAUUACUUCCAGGUGAGGGACAAGAGCCCAUUCUCCAUCAGAGUGAAUCCUUGCGAUGCUGCCCUCGAGUGGAAAGUCACCGUUCACGACUGGCCAGCACAUGGCACUUACUCCUCUGAGAAGCUGAAUAAACUUGAAUGGAAUCAGGUUACUAAGAGAGAUCUUUUCAGCUACAAGGGAAACAUAGCACAGACUUAUGUACGAGCUUCAUCGCACUCCACCUUCCACAGGCUGGAGCUCCUUUCAACUGAGAGGAACACCCAAAUCAGAGUCUACCUGACAACCAAGCCAGAGAAUGAGCCUCCUUACCCAGAGCUGCCAUUUGACCCUCGAGUAAAUGUUGCGUCUGUCGGACAGACAGCAGUGACCCUGGCCUGGAAGCCCAGCCCAUCAGUUUUACAGGAUGAGGAGAACAUUCAGUAUUGUCUCUUGGUCAACCAGAAGCACAACUACCAAAGUCUGUGUGCUGCCGAAAACCAGGCAGAGCUAGGUGAUGGCCUUUGGCCAGAUCUGCCAGUGGUGUCCAUCUACUCUGGGGGUCAGGAGAUCUACCUCACCAGAACGGAAGAUAUUCAACUCCCCACCCAUCUUCUCAGCAACCCAAUCUCCAGGGAACCAAAGAUGGAUGUCAUGCAGCUCUGUGUUGGCAACAGAAACAUUUAUUCAAUAUCAGAAUUGCAACCCAACACCCAAUACUACUUUGAUGUGUUUGCUGUUAAUGUCCUCACCAACACCAGCUCUGCCUAUACUGGCACCUUUGCAAAAACAUUACAGUGGCCAGAUCCAAACAUACUCAGUCUGAAGGAAGGAAUUAUGAUCCAGGUUUACGUCCGGAAAGAUGGUCUGAAAUUCUACAGCUUCAGGCCCAAGACUUGGCACAGAAGGGUGCAAUUCACGUUCCACUCGUGUGGAAAAAUAUACGUUAGGAUUGAGAGAAAUGGGAAGGUCAUGGUGUCUGAAAGUACAGAAAACCUGAAGCAUUUUCAGCUUAAUGGAAAAUCCAAAGCAAGAUAUAUCAUAGGGAUCAAAUCCAUGGGGCCCUCAGAGGUCCUUGUAAAGAUUCUGGUGUCCACACGUCCCAACAAACCUCUCUUCCCUCGUCUCCCAGACAGCCUUAAACUGAAAUCAUUUGACAGGCUCAGAACCUGUAACUCUGUCACUGUUGCUUGGCUGGGAACAAGUGAGCAAAACAGGUACUGCCUCUACAAGAGGGAAAUAGGGGGACAGCAACUGGAGAGAGAAAGGAACAAACAAAACUGGUGCUUCGGCCCAGAGACACGGAGAGUUUCAGAGAAAGUGGGCUGCAGGCAUUUUCACCACCUCAACCCUCAGCGAGCAGUGGCGGUGGAGAAGGUCAUGGGGUUGAAGGCAGGGACCACCUACCUAUUCGAUAUCUAUGUGAUUGGGCACAAGGGGCAUUCCGUUAAAUACCAAGGUAAAGUCAUAAAAACAAGGAAAGCAUGUUAACUUUACCCAACUUCAGAAAUAAACCCUAUACAAAUGUCUUCCAAGGAAAAGAGGGGUAACCAGGGCCCCUGCUAGCAAGCUGCAAAAUCAAAUAACUGGACCCAACAUUGCCCAGGUGAAAUGAUUCAUGUGGAUUCAAAACAGUGACAAGAUCAGUGUCUGCCAAGUACUUAGUGGGACCAUCCCUGCAAAUUUUGCCAAAUUCUGAACCUUCCUCCACAUGCACCUUUUGAAGUCUUCAAGGAAUUCUAUGCGGAGAAUUUUUAUUGGUACGUAACAGCAGGAAGACAAACUCUUGUAUUUCUAUUGCACCUUUCAUGACUCAGGACUUCCCAAUGAAGUGCUUUCUAAAUAAUGUCGACAAUUCCAAUGGACCGGAGGUCUGUCCAGACUUGGUCACAUCUCCCAGCAUUACACAGAGCCCAGUGUGAGGGCACACAACUUUGAUGCCCGACUAAAUUAGAUGGGCUGAUGUAACAUUUGUUUUUGCCGUUGUAGGAAGUUUGUGUGUCUGCCAGUGUUAGAGAGAGGGAAUGUGUCCAACAGCAAUGAGUGGGAUUGAACCAGCGAUUUCAACUGGAGCAUUCAAUCAGUUUUUGAGAAAUCACGGUAGACUUUGUGC